AUGAGGUGGGAAUACCGCAAGGAUGACCCGAUGUGCGUCGCCUCAGCCCGAAAACCUCAUGUUGAAGUGCCUAGAGUACCCAUCGGUGAUGAGAAGGCGAUACUCGCGCCUCUUUCGUGCUUUUUCCAGAGUAGCUUAACUAUCACAACAACUUUAACAAGCAGUAUCUCAAACGAAAUCACUCUUUUGGCCCAGAGUCCGGAGCAAAGAACAGCAAUAAUGGCGGAGCUGCUAGCCGGCAAGUCUCUGAGGGAAGUUGCGGAUAACUUCAGCACCACUCAAAGUACGACGGUAUCUCGAAGACCACAAAACGCUGGGAAUAACACGACAACCUCAGAUCAUAACCGCGAAAAGGGCGCGCUAGGAAGCUCAUGCCUUUGCAGAUUGUACUAA